AUAUGGCGCGCUAUGCAUAUUUUUAGUGGCUGAUGAGAGGCAAAGACUCGUUGGCUGUUCUGUAAUUUUUAUCUGGUGUCAUUAAAUUUAUCAGAGUAAAAACGUCAAAGAACACAAUGUGGAUAUUGAAUCCAGUGGCGUCAGGAGGUGAGGCCCAUUAUCUCUUCUCUGCCAAGGAAUAUGUUGUGGGUCGCAAGAACUGUGACAUUCUGCUGCCCAGUGACCAGUCUAUUAGCAGAGCUCAUGCAUAUUUCGUUGUUACUGAUGAGACGCUGACCCUCAGAGAUGCCUCCAAGUACGGCACUGCUGUCAACGGCCAAACCCUGGCAGCGGACACACCUGUCACCCUCAAGUCAGGGGACAGUGUUACCUUUGGGGUUUUUGAAUCCAAAUUCAGUGUGAAUCAUCUGAACCCAGUGGUGUGUUCCUCUUGUUUGGACAAUGAUGGCAAAGCUGCACUUUCUCAGGCUCUGCAGCUGUUUGGGGGAAAGCUGGUCAGCAGUUGGACUAAGGAUUGCACUCACCUGGUCAUGCCUUCUGUUAAAGUGACCAUCAAGACAAUAUCUGCUCUGCUCUGCUGCUGCCCUAUUGUAAAGCCAGAGUUCUUCUCAGAGCUCAAAAAAGCAGCUCAGCAGAAGCUACCCGCUCCUAAAGCGGAGAGAUUCAUCCCUGACAUCGAUGAGCCCUACUUGAAUAAUGAGAACGUGAACCUCAAACCAGAUCACACACGCAAACAACUUUUUGCUGGAACAACCUUUGUUUUCCUCACUAGCAAGCAGUUCAAGCGUUUGAGUGCAGCAGUGAGUUAUGGAGGUGGCACCAGCCAACUCUUGGUGGAGGGCUCCCUACCUCUUGACCUCUUGGAGUCCCCGCAAAGCUGUGUGGUGGAUUUUACUGCUGUCAACUCCCAACCUCCCCUUCUAGCUUCGACCACAGGGUGGCAUGAUUCUGUGAGGAACAUCAUUCUAAGGAAAGGCCUUCGAGUCAUUACAGAGUCUGAAAUUGGAUUGGCUGUCAUCUACACCUCACGUGAUAUGUACUGCAACCCUACCAGUGUAGCAGACAAAGCGACAGUGACGACGGCAAGAAUUCCUAGCGCCUCACUCUCCCAAUAUCCAGCAGUGGAUGAGACCGUUUUACCUGCAGCAUCGCAGAACAUCACAGCAUACGCAAUCAACACGGAGACCUCACAAAUUCAUGAGCGGUGUGAGGUGAGUGGGAUUACAGCGGUGGGAGAGACCCCGGAGAAAAAGAUGAAUCACGACACCACUCAACCUAGCACCUCGAAAGCCACCGUUGAGAAGAUAAGCACUCAAUGCAUCGCGGCCGAUUUUCCUAGCAAGUCGUUCAACACUACCAAAAAUGCAGUUUCCACAAGGAAGGAACCUGCGGCCAAUGAUACAGGCCCGGAACUCGACAAAGGACAGCUUCCUUUGGCAAAGUAUGGUAGUAGAAAGAAGACAUUGGAACCAAAGAAUUCUCCGCGUAAACAAGUAUCUCCAAAAGCUUCCCCGCAGAAACAGGCAGCAUUGACCAGCUUUUUCAAACCGGUCAACAAGAAGAGGCCUUUGGAAGACGUGUUCUCCGCUGUCAUGUCAGAGGCAAAGCGCCCUGUGCAUGAAUCUGACACCAUUCAGGCGGCAGUCAUCCCUGUGGCUUCAGAAGAUUCGCCCUCAUGUUCAGACAAAGCCCCCUCGCAGUUACUAGUGGACUCUGAAAAUGAUCUUUUCUUCGGUCAGGCGUCGUCCUCUAAUGUGAGCCGAAAGAGGAAGGAUGUAGAAAAAGAAAUAGAUUUGGACGAAUUGGAGUCUAUAAUGUCUGAGGAAAUGGACUGCAUGGAUGAGCCAUUUUCAGUCAGCAAACCCACACACCGUACUAAACAGAUAGCAAAAAUAGCAAUGGGAGAACGUAAGAAGCAACGGGUAGUCCAUGAAGAUGAUGACACAGACAGUCGAGGGUCACCAUUGAGACCGGUAGAAGAGUUGGUUCCACAUCAUCGCAACCAAACUCAGCAGGAAGGUGUCUCUAGUAUGAUGGUUCAACUUCGGCCACCAACUGAGGGGAUGAGUAGCAACGUUUCAUCUGACAGCACAAGUCAGCUCAUUCAGGCUAACCAAGAGAAUUUAGGCCAUGUUCUUCAACACGUAGAAGCGUCUGAUGUUCAUGUAAUGAAACCUGUCGACUUCAAAACGGAGACCCAACAAACAAAACUGGAUGAAGACCUCCCCAAACAGUUGAUUUUGAUGGAAUUUAGAUCCCUCAUGGUGAGCGUGCCACCCAAAACAAAACAACAGCAGGUGCAGAGCAACGGCUUUGUGAAGAACUUCAAACGUUUUCGCAAGAUGCGAGUGCCCGGAACAGAGGACAUCAUCGGUGGGCCAAACCUGCUGGCUCACAACCGCGGCAAGAACUCCGAAAUUGAUGAAUGGCUGAAAGAAACAGAAGAGGAUGAGCAGCAGAGCAGACUGGAGGAGAGUCAAGGAGAUGACCUCUUCAGGUACAACCCCACCAAAUUAUCCAAGAGGCGAUGAAGAAAAAACUUCACCCGUGUGUAUGUACAGUCGUCAGAUCUUUCCAAAUGUUAAUUAAUGUCUAAAUUGUUAUCACCACUAAAUUAAGUUCUCUCGACCUAAUGACACCAUCGACAGCAAGUAUUGUAAAAGAAACUUUCACUCACGUUCAGUGUCAUCUGUUGUUUUAUUUGUCAAUAACAGAAAAAAAAAAUACAUAUAAAGCAUUUCAAAGUCUCCAGUUGUACAAGAGAUCAUUAAAAGUUUACAUGCCAAGAUCAA